AUGGCGCCGUGCUGGGCCGUGCUGGUGAUGCUGGUGCUGGUGCUGAGCACCCUGCAGGCAUGCGGGGCCGUGCCGCCUCCGGAGCCGGGGCAGCACCGCGGCGUGCAGUGGGUCUGGGGGGCAGCCGGGCAGGCACAGGCUGAGCCCCUGCCGCUCUCCCGCAGGAAGAGGGCCGACAGCAGGCAGCAGCCCGGCAUCACCACUGCCAUGCCGGGGCACAGCCAUGCUGCCACUGCAAUGCCCAGCAGCAACGACACUGAUUCCCCUGAGCCCGAUCUGCUGCUGGGCUCUGAACCACCACCAGCACCCAGCACCAACACCAGCCUGCACCGGGCACUUGCAGUGCCGACCACAGCCGAUCCCCUGGACGAGACCGAUUCCCCCGAACCCGACCUGCUGCUGAGCUCUGAGUUGCCGGCAGCGCCCAGCACCAACACCGCCACCGCCGCCCCGCCCCCAGCCGAUCCACAGGACGAGACCGAUUCCCCUGAUCCUGACCUGCUGCUGGGCUCUGUGCCACCGGCAGAGCCCAGCAGACAGGCAGCACCCCAAAACAGUGUCACCACCAUCCCCAGCCGGCUCAUGUCACCCAGCGAGGAGGGGACAGUGGCCAGCAGCACCGACAGCAGCUCCUCAGUGGGGCCGCACUCAGUGACCCCCCCAGCCCUUGGCCCCACCACCACAGGUUACAAGAAAACCAAGAAAGCCGGAGCUCCCCCUGUGCCGACUUCAGCCCUUUGGGACACGAAGCCCAGGGGGACCGCAGUGCCGGUCCCCUGGGACCCCAGCAGGGUGAUGGGCAAGUGCCUGCUGGCCAUCCUGCUGCUGGCGCUGGUGGCCGCCACCUUCAUAGUGUGCACGGGAGUGCUGGGCGCCCUUGCGCCGUUGCAAAACAAACGCAGACCCUUGCUCGGCGUCAGGACGAGGAAACCGGAGCUGCAUUUUGCUUUUCUUAAGGAAAUUCAGCCGGGUGAAUAA